AUGGACGCAUUUGAGGCUAUCCAUAACCUCAAGGAUACGACUUGGGAGAGAGUGAUGAGUGUCAAUACAACAGUACCCAUGAGACUGAUGAGAGCUACUUUGACUACUGGAGGAAUGCUCGAACAAAAGUCGGGCCGAAUUAUGAACGUUGCCAGUGAAGCUGGUAUCAGUGGAGCAGCAGCAGGCAUUGCCUAUACCGCCAGUAAACAUGCCGUUAUCGGCAUGACCAAAAAUGCAGCCUUUCGCUAUCGUCACGACGGCAUUCGUUGUAACGCUAUUUGUCCGGGCGGAGUGGCGACUAUCAGACCAGCGAUCUAA